GCGAAAAUUUGUAAAACCCUAACCAUAUCUCCCGCCAUGAUACUCCUCUCUGCCAAAACGCUAUCCUCUUCUCCAUUUCUUCUCCGCUCUUCACCACACCCGCAAAACCCUAACCCUAAGCCACUUUCUGCUUCCCAAGCCCUCCCCAAAUCCGAGUAUCGCACCGAAAGGGGUCUCACGUUCGACAGUGGCAACUCCUUUUUCCGGCACGAGAGCGCCACCGGCCGCGACCUCGGGGUCCUGGCGGCGUCGCUCUACAAGAAAUCGAAAGGCAGUGUUCGGGUUCUUGACGCCAUGUGCGGCUGCGGAAUUCGGUCGCUCCGGUACCUCGUGGAGGCGGAGGCCGAUUUCGUCUUGGCGAAUGAUGCAAAUGAGAAUUACGGGAGGACGAUUUUGGAGAAUUUGUCGCAGGGGUUGGGGGGUUCGGGGGAGGAGAGGAGGUGGGUUGUGACGCAUACAGAUGCGAAUCGGGUCAUGACGGAGUGUUAUCUGCGUAGGGAUUUCUAUGAUCUGAUUGAUGUUGAUUCGUUUGGGAGCGAGUCGUCGUUUUUGCGGUCUGCGUAUAAUGCCCUGAAGUUGGAUGGAUUGUUUUAUGUCACGUCGACUGAUGGGUACACCUCCGGUGGUCACAGGCCUCAUCAUUCUUUAGCUUCAUAUGGAGCAUUUGUUCGACCUAUGCCAUAUUCGAAUGAGGUUGGUUUGCGAAUGCUUAUAGGUGGAGCCUUGCGGGAGGCGUCUGUGCUGGGCUACCGCAUCACACCACUUUUCUCAUACUAUUCUUACCAUGGACCUGUGUUUAGAGUCAUGCUCCGAAUGAACCGUGGAAAACUUCCUGAAAACAGGAACUAUGGCUUCAUCAGCUACUGCACCAAGUGUGGAAACUCUCAAGCUUUUUCAUGGAAUGAACUUGGCCGGAUCAGUUGCCCCUGCAGUGAUGCAAAGGUUUCAAGCUCACUCGUUGUUUCGGGUCCCCUUUGGAUAGGACCUCUUCACAAUGCUUCCUACCUUACAGAAAUGCUAAAUUUAGCUGAACAAUGGGGAUGGACUGGCAAUGACACUGAAACUCAUCUGGGAAAACUUCUGAAGCAGAUGAUCGAUGAGAGUGACCCUAAAUUACCAUUUGGAUACAUCAAAUUGGACGAGGUGGCAAGCCGUGCAAAAAUAAACUCUCCUCCCCUCAGGACCAUGAUGAGUGCCCUGAACAAGGAGGGAUAUGCUGUUAGUAGGUCACACAUUGCCUCCAACGCAAUUAAGACAAACUGCCCUAUGGCAGUCUGCAUUAGGAUUGCAAAGGAACUUCAGCAAUGUUGAGCGAUUUGAGAGCAAAAUGGACAUUCUGCUACCUCGAGCCUUCUGGGGAAAGUUGCAUCCAUCUACCUUGCCCAGCAAUAGAUGGUUCUAUCCUUGUGCCCAUCAAAGGAGGGAUAAACUAAACCAACUUUGGCUAUUACUGCAAUCCGCCAUACACCAUCAAUUUUCAUUCGGUGUUCGCAUCUUAACUUAACCGAGUCCUGGGGGGGAAGUCGAUCAAUGGAAAAUGAAUGUGAAUCUCACCUCGCAAAGAUGAAACCGGAGGCUGAAAAUUCAGUAAAGAAGAUGCAAUUCGUUUGUAUUUAACUGAAAAUUUCGGACACUGAAGGUCACAAUUCUUUUAAAUGGUACGAGACUCCCUUGAUUUGA